AACAAGCUCCUCCCAGCUCCAACACUGCUGGCACAUAAAAGAGGGAGGAGGAUGCACAGUCAGAUGCAGUUAGAGGACUCUCCUGCCUGACUCAGCCUAGCAAGCAAGCCUCCCCGUGGUGCUUCCACUGCCACCAACAGGAGCCCCGCCACCUGGAUCCAGGAUCACAAGCCACUCUGCAAUAUGUUUGACUUUCUGUACGCUGCGGUGGGAGCAGGAAUCGGACUUGGAGUUGCAGUUGUCGGAGUCCCUGUAGUCCUGGGGGCUGCAGGAUUUACUGCUACAGGAAUUGCUGCAGGGUCAAUAGCGGCCAAGAUGAUGUCAGCAGCGGCCAUAGCCAACGGAGGAGGAGUGGCUGCUGGGAGUGCCGUGGCAGUGAUGCAGUCUGUCGGUGCUGCAGGACUUUCUGGAGCAGCACAGGGAGCAAUAGCUGCUGCUGGUGCAGCAGUUUUGGGUCAGGCCUGAAAGCAACAGGUACUCCUCUGUUUUGGACACUCAGCAAGCCAUUGGCUGGUAUGUCCUGAAGUGCCCAUCAGUAUAAUACAACACAGAGAGAGUUAUAGGAACGGCUUUCAGCACGAUCAAGAAGCAACCAUGUGUUGAACCAGCCCCUGAAGACUUCUUGUUCUUGCACCUAACUUAUCACUGCUGUGGAAGAAAUAAAGCCUUUACAAACAUG